CCUCUGCAAAGUGCAAAUCCCGUAAUAUAAAACGAAAAAGGCAGAACUGCACAAGCAUCCUGCUCCUGCAUUGGCUACUGUCAGAUCAGAACAAAAACAAGAACAUGGGCACCGUCCUCAUCACAGCUCCAAAACCACCACCCUUACCCUUCUCCCUCUUCCCCUGAACCCUCUCUCCCCUCUCCCCUCUCCCAACCCCAAUGGCCGCCGCAUUGGAGUGCUGGUCGCGCCGCACCGCCGCCGACGAGGACCGCGCGAUCCUCGUGCAGCCGCCGCCGCAAGACCCUCCACCCCGAGACUCCUCCAUCGUCCACAGGAAGCUCCAGAGGCUCACGCGCAACGUCUCCGAGGCCAUUGCGUCCCUCAGAAACUCCCUCAACACCAACGACUCCUCCAAGCAACACAACCUCCUCCGCAACCUCACGCACCUCUGCUCCGCCACGCACCUCCCCGAGAGGCUCGUCUGCAACAUCCGCAAGCACUACGAUUCUCUGCCUCUCAGUUACUCUCAGGCGGGGUUUGACGUGAAAGAUGUGUUUCUUCACAUGAAGUUGAUGGAGCAAGCUUUGGAGGAUGAGCAGGCUGCGAUUUUGAUUCAAGAGGAGUGCGAUGAUGAGAUUCAGUUUCAGGGGUCUUUGUUCAAGUUGACAUUUGCCUGCAACUCUUCAAUUUCAUGGCCUGCGAUGUCGGGUGCGUUGGAUAGUUACUCCAUUUGCUGCAAGAAGAUUCAGAUCUUUGAGAAGAAAGGUUUCACCCUUGGGAUUGUGUUGCUUCUUGUGCUGUCUGGUGGUGGGCAAGAUAAGUUGCUCAGGACCCGGGUUGAAAGUGCUAUUAAGAUAGCCGUAAAGAAGCCCAAAGCUGGUGGCGUGAAGCUUCCCUUUGGGCUUUGUGGGUGUCAAGAGGAGAACUCCAAGGGGAGAGGGCUUGGAGAGAUCGAGGAAGACGAUGGCGAUGCGAUAUGUGGAAAUGGGUUUGAGAAUUUCAGCCAAAAGAUUCAGCUUCAGUUGCCAUUGCCUAGUUCAUCGUUUCUUGUGUUGGUAGAUGAAUGGCAGACUAUUCAGUCAGGUGGGAAUGAGAUUGAAAAAUGGUUAUUAAACUCAGAUAGUCUCGAGUUUGUGGAGCAAAUUGGGCCCAAUUCGUACAAGGGGACCUACAUGGGGAAAAAGGUUGGCAUUGAGAAGCUUAGAGGGUGUGAAAAGGGAAAUGCUUAUGAGUUUGAGCUCAGGAAAGAUCUGCUGGCUCUGAUGACAUGUGGCCAUAGAAAUAUUAUGCAGUUUUGUGGUGUUUGUGUAGAUGACAACCAUGGGUUAUGUGUGGUGACAAAAUUUGUUGAAGGUGGUUCUGUUCAUGAGUUAAUGUUAAAGAACAAGAAGUUUCCGAGUAAGGAUGUUGUAAGAAUUGCGGUUGAUGUGGCCGAGGGGAUGAAGUUUAUGAAUGAUCAUGGUGUCGCAUACAGAGACCUUAACACGCAGAGGAUUCUGUUGGAUAAGCACGGGAAUGCUUGCUUGGGUGAUAUGGGUAUUGUCACUGCCUGCAAGAGUGUUGGAGAGGCAAUGGAUUAUGAAACCGAUGGUUAUCGGUGGCUAGCUCCAGAGAUUAUUGCUGGUGAUCCUGAGAGUGUGACAGAGACAUGGAUGAGUAAUGUUUAUAGUUUUGGCAUGGUAAUUUGGGAGAUAAUAACUGGUGAGGCCGCAUAUUCUGCAUAUUCACCAGUGCAAGCUGCAGUAGGCAUUGCUGCUUGUGGCCUAAGGCCUGAAAUCCCCAAGGACUGCCCUCAAACUCUAAAGUCUCUCAUGACAAAGUGCUGGAACAACACCCCUUCAAAACGCCCUCAAUUCUCUGAAAUUUUGGCCAUAUUGCUGCGACCAAACAACUUCAAUAGGUAAACUUAUGUUGUGUUGAUAGUAAUUUGAUACCAAACAUUCCCAUUCUCAAGGGAGCUUCAUACGUAAACAAUCAUGAGUCCUCCAUGCUUUUAUAAUUGUAAUGAAAGGUGUAAAGUUUUGCUUUUCCUUUUCUUUUUGACAAUUAUGUACCAUCUCUUUGUGAUGCCUUUGAUGGCAACCUGAAUCAUGGAAAUAUCACAAUACGUUUCACAUUGUUGGGUUA